AUGAAAAGUUAUAUUUUUGAAGUAAUCUUGAUUCUCUUGUCUUUAUACAUAAAACCAUUUGCAGCCUUAAAGGAGGAUAAAAUUAUAACGUUUGUUAAUGAGUUAAACUUGCGUAUGUGUCAUCCUAUACCGAAAUUGGGCUUACCUGCUUUGGAUCCUUUGGAAAUUAGAAAUUUUACCGUAACCUUGGAUAAUAAAUAUCUAGUCGAGUUCGUCGGAUGUCUGUCAAACUUCCAGAUAAUUGGUUUAUCGGAUAUAAAAGUAGAUCUAAAACUAUCUUUUUAUUCUAAGCUUGAUAUAAUUAUACCCUCAAUAAACUUCAACACCACGUAUUCCGUAAAGGGUGCCAUUGAUGAUUUUGUUGAAUUAAACGGUGCCGGCAGAGCUGAAGGUAGCGUACAGAAUGCAGAGAUUCACAUGAAAUGGCGUACGAAUAUCUUCAGUCCCAAAUUGGGUAUUGAAGAUUUAAAAAUAAGGUUUGAUAUCGGACAAGCUUUGCUCAAUAUUGACCAACUUAUAGAGGAUCCACAAAUUGACAAUUUCGUACAUGAAAUGAUAAAUGAUUUGGGCGUGGAACUCCUAAACGAUCUUUGGAUGGAGAAAAAUGAAACAAUUAUAACUGUCACUCAAAAGGAAAUUAAUAAUUUUAUUCGUAACUACACUAUGCACGAUUUCUUUCAAUUUGUUGACGAUAUGGCAAAUGCAGCUGGAUCAAUUUUUGCCGGAAUCCCCCCUGACUGUAAAAACAUGCAAAACAUUAAAAACUACUAUUAA